AUGGGACUCACACCACAUGAAUUCUGUGAGAACCUAGCUCGACAGCGAACUAGUUUUAGCCACGACGAACAAAUUAAAUAUACGGAAUUUAUCUCUCAGACAUAUUACUUUACCUAUAAUGCAUCCCUAACAAAACAACACAGAAUCGUCAGACGCCGUCUUCAAAAAAUCCGGCAAUUAAGUGACUAUAUUUGGAUCCUAGUGGCUAUCACUUUCACUUUUACCAGUCUUGCACAUCUUUGUGAUUUUGAUAAGUGCUUAAAGAUUAUCGAGUCUUGGCUGAACAGGUAUCCUCUUUCUCAAGAUCAGUACGAAAGUGCCCAUGGACAAAAGUUGGGGAAGAAAGUUCCCCGGAGGAAUGUGCCAAAAAGGAAUUUAUUUCCGAUACAAAUAAAAAGCAUCGAUAUAUCAAGUCCUAUUUACAAUAUCAACCCGGGAGAUAGCGAAAGCGCGAAAGGCAUUCAAGAUUUUCUCUCAUCUAUAGAGCGUGAGAGCUUAGAUCCAGGAGAUAGAGUGAUUUACAUUUCAUCCGAAGACCAGCUACACGAUAAGCUGGAAGGCCUAUUCUUGAAACCACUGUUUUGGCGAUCAUAUACCAACCAGCACCCUAUCCCUGGUGAUAUGCCUACUUCUAUAACCGACUUUAUCGCGUCUCUCACCAAGAUCAACGUCCAACAACUAGAGGCCAUCGACUACGCUAAAGAUGCGGCCACGCCCAAAGAAGUACCAAUCGCUGAAGUGGCUAAAUAUUUCCAGUCACCGCCAAUGAGUCGCUCGGCGUUGAACUUCCUUGAUAUGGAGAAUUUAUAUCUUCCUUGUGUUCCGGCACCUGUACGCCAAUCAGAUCUGCUUCGAACGGCAUAUUUACGCAAGCGGGGAUCAGUGUCCAAGUCUCUGAGAAGUUAUGAUACAGUUCCUCCGGAUCGAGAGUUUCUUCUCUUAUCCGGCCGUAACUCCGUAUCACCAAUUCAUCUUGAUACUGCCGGGCAUUUAACCUGGAUUAUCGGAAUUUCCGGCCGCAAGAUCUGGUACGUGCCUAGUGAUCUUACCUCGGCGGCCAACAGACUCGCAACAGGUGGGAGUCAAUUUCCAGAACAUUAUGAGGACGGAUGGAGACGUAUAAUCAUUGAACCUGGUGAUCUAUUGGUUAUGCCACCAGGUUGCCCACAUGCUGUGUUUACCCCAGAGGAUUCAUUUACCGUUGGAGGUCACUUCUAUACACGUUCACAUCUUAGCACAACAAUCUCCACUACCGCUCUUCAAGCCCGUUAUGGGAGCACUUUCUGCAAUGAGAGCUUAUCCUUGCAGGAUUACCUAAAUAUCACACUGAUCUUCGAACAGUGUAAGGACUUAUUUUCCAGUGCAGACAUGGCACGGUUGGUAGCAAGCAAAGUGUAUUGGGAGUGCGCCAAUCAACUCAAUGCUCAUGCAGAAUCAAUGUCCAGGUAUGAUGCUGAGCAUUCCACGGCGAGGCCCGGAGGUGAAUCUCUUGCCAAGGGUAGCAAGGGUGGCAGUAAAAAAAGAGGUAAAACUGCUACCAAGAAUGCUCCGACCAACAGGGAAGAUACUACUAGAAGAGACGUACACAUCGCAUGGCUUCGGAUCCUAGAUUUCAUGCAGCGGGCAAGUACAGAGCUUCAGAUACAUUUAAUCCAGGGAGAUACUUGA